AUGCGUCUUGCCGCGGCUCUAGCAGCACAAGGAGUAGGGCCAGAGGUAUUCGUCGCUGUAAGCUUCGAGAAGUCUCGUUGGGCCGUUGUUGCGAUGCUAGGGGUCAUCAGGUCAGGUGGUGCCUUUAUUAUGAUGGACCCAUCUCAGCCGGCCAAGCGUCUUCACCACAUUUAUAAAGUGUCCAGAGCGCACGUUAUCAUGGCAUCUGAGUCGACCACUGGUCUGGCCUUGAGCCUUGGGCCCAAUGUGAUGGUCUUGGGGGACAAUGAGAAGCCCUGGAUCAGUAACGUUGAUGGAUCGACAAUCUCCGCACCAGUGCAAGCCGCAUCGCCUGAGAAUACGCUUUAUGCUGUCUUCACCUCGGGCUCUACCGGUACCCCUAAAGAGGUCGUUAUCGAGCACCAAAAUUACGCAGCGCGGAUCUACGGCGAAAUCGAGGCGUACGGGCUGACUCCGGCAUCCAGAUUUUUACAGUUCAGCUCUUACGCAUGGGACGCCUGCGUCUCUGAGCAGCUCCCUGUCUUGGUGUGUGGUGGUUGCGUGUGUAUCCCCUCGGAUAUUGAACGGCAACAAAGCCUCGCAGAGGCCGUGACACGAAUGAGAGCCAAUUGCGCUGUAUUUACGCCACCAAUAGCCCGGAACCUGAAUCCAGAUGAUUUCCCAACAUUAAGGACGCUACUCCUCGCGGGGGAGCGCGUGCUUGAGAAGGAAAUGCGCUUAUGGUGCGGCAGAACCCUAAAAGUAUUGUACGGCCCAGCCGAAUGCACCCCACUCUCGGCAACGAGCCAGGUCCUUCGGGGUCCGGCUCCCACGGGCAUCAUAGGGAGACCAGUCGGUUGUAGAUUAUGGGUUACUGACCCCGACAAUCAUGAAAAUCUCUUUCCCGUAGGCGCUGUUGGUGAGCUAUUGAUCGAGGGCCCCCAGGUCGGCCGCGGUUACUUGCAUGACCUAGAAAAGACAAAGCUGGCGUUCAUUGAGCCUCCUUUAUGGCUGCGCGAUAGGAAUAGAAGUACCUCUUUUCGAAUUUACAAGACAGGAGAUCUUGUUCGCCAUCUUGAGGAUGGCCGACUUGUCCACAUGGGGCGGAAAGACACACAGGUCAAAGUCCGUGGCCAGCGCAUGGAGUUGGAAGAAUUGGAGUCGCAACUGCGCCAGAUCUGCCAGGACUUUGACGAAGUCGUGGUGGGACUCAUCGAACCGAAGAGAGAAACAGAUACCCGCUCUGCAUUGGUUGCCUUUCUAUAUCGGUCUUCCCAUAUAGAUCAAGAUUGCCCCACGAAAUAG